GUGUGCAGACGGUGAAGCGCGCAAGGUAGUGAGAGGACUCGGCAGUAGGGGGACCUCCUAUCCACCGCAACCGGGGCUUUAAUUCCGUUCACACUGCGAGACCCCAUCAGAGUCCACCGCUGAGAUCCACGCAACCUGCACCGUUACGGAUUUAAUGUUUUUAACAGGCUGUUUUCCCGAAAGUACUGUGUUUAUCUGCGCCGUGAAACUCUCGAGUGAAACAGAUGUCCUACACGGAUGAAAUGAGGAAAGAAUUAAACACAGCGAGGACAAGGAUGAGUAAAAAGAGAGAAUAAAUCAGUAGACUCAGUGUUGUGUGUGGAUGAGGCUGUGAGAGGGUGAGUGUAUCAGGAUGACGAUGAAAGGCUUGUCCUCCAGCCGCAGCCACCACCACACACUCACACACUGCGACCCAUCCUACGAGUCUUUGACCCUCCGCCACGACCGACGGCCUUAUGUCCUUAACCAGGCCCACCCGACCGACCACAGCUUCUAUGGAUGCCAGUCUGAUCUGGCCAGCAGCACAUUUCCACGUCGACAUUACGGCUCGCAUCACGAGCUUAAGGACGAAUGCGCCAUAGUGCCCUAUGUGGGACCGGGGGGCAUAGCCGGAGGAACUGGGGGUGGGUGCGGCCCAUGCAGCUCGGCUGCCAUCCCAUCAUCCCUGCUGGAGAAGUUUGACCAGCAGCAACCAGUGAGAAAGGAUGGGUAUCACACGUUGCAAUACAAACGGACUGCGGCGCUGGAGCACCAGCGCAGUGACAGUCCUGGGCGUAUACGCCACCUCGUACACUCCGUCCAAAAACUAUUCACCAAGUCCCAUUCCCUGGAAGGUCCCAGUCAACGCAGCCUCAACGGAAACGACCCCGCCAUCCCAGCCAAUGCAAUGGCUACGGCUAUAUCCCAUCCGAAUGUUUCCACCACAACUAUAGGCACCCUGCACAAGUCGUCCAGCAACAAGCGGGGGAAAAACAAGGAACGCAGUCGCUCCGAGCCCAAACCUCGUGCACGAACACCCGGGUCGGGUUACUGGAGCUCCGACGACACUCUAGACAGGGAGAUCUGCCUUUACCACCAGCAUCAACCCUCAGGAGUCAUGACCAUGGGCCGGCAUCCGGACAAAUCCCAGUCCCACUACUUCUUGGGACAGAGCUACAACACACUAGGAGGGGGACACUCGUCCCUGAAGACCUCACGAAGCAACAAUGACGUUGGAAGUUGCUCCACUUGCUCCAACCCCACAGGAGGCGCUCUGACCUUCAGAGGCCCGAUGUCAGUAGACCAGGCUGGGCCGCUCGUCAAGAAGAGCUCCUGGUCAAGCACACUAACGGUGAGCAGGGCCCGAGAGGUGUACCAGAAGGCCACUGUCAAUAUCGAUAAAGCUCUAGUCAAAGCACAGACCUGCCAGCAGGGACGAACCUGCCAGUUUUUACAGGUUCCUCAGGAUGAGUGGGGUGGCUUCUCGUCUGUGGGUCAGGAUGACGAGAUCCCGUGCAGGAGGAUGAGGAGCGGCAGCUACAUCAAGGCUAUGGCAGAGGAGGACAGUGGAGACUCAGACUGCAGCCCUACACCCUCACCCAAAGUCCAGGCCCGGAGAGCCAGCUACCUGAAAGCCACUCAGCCCUCCCUCACCGAGAUGACCACACUCAAGAUCAGUACGGAGUCCCAUUCCCCCAAGCUGCAGAUCCGGAGUCACAGUUACCUGCGAGCGGUGAGUGAGGUUUCGAUCAACCGCAGUUUGGACAGUCUGGACCCGGCCGGUCUGCUGGCCUCGCCCAAAUUUCGUUCCCGAAAUGAGAGUUACAUGAGGGCCAUGAGCACCAUCAGCCAGGUGAGCGAGGUGGAAGUAAACGGGCAGAUUGAGGCUGUGUGUGAGAGUGUGUUCAGUGAGAUGGAGUCUAAGGCCGUGGAUGCUCUGGAUCUUCCGGGGUCCGGAUGCUUCCGCAUGAGGAGCCACAGUUACGUGCGGGCCAUCGAAAAGGGUUGCUCGCAGGAGGAAGAAGAGAAGAGAGCGAUGUGUCAGGCCAUCUCACCACCUCGAACUACAACUGUUAGAACCAUCCAGAGCAGUACAGUAUCAUCAUGUAUAACCACCUACAAGAAAACCCCACCCCCAGUCCCGCCCAGGUCAACACCCACCAGACCAUACAUCUCUAUAACAGCCCAGAGCAGCACAGAAUCUGCACAAGAUGCCUACAAUGAGCUCACCAGUGCUGGUCCUGCUAACCGGGCCUUAGCAGCGGUCCAGUCGGGCCUCAGCAACUCCACAGAGAGCAUUGAUAGCAUGAAGGCCCUGACAGCAGCCAUUGAGGCAGCGAACGCUCAAGUCCACGGCCCAGCCAGCCAGCAUGUGACCAACAGCACCAUCACCUUCACCACAGCCUCCGCCACCACUAGCGUAAGACACAUCUCACAGGAAGCUAAGAGAGAUGCCCUCAGGAAGUGCCUGUCUAUAGGGAUACAGGUGGACGGUCCUGAGGAAACCAACCAAUCAGAAGUGCACUGCAAGUUUCAGUCGGUCGGCAUUCAAGUAGAGGAGGAGAGAUGCUACCGCAGAGUUACACGCUCCAACAGCGUCACCACUGCCGUUCAAGCUGAUCUUGAUCUUCUGGAGGGUCUUGGCGACGACCAGUUCACACAGACCCACCAGGGGCCCAUUGUCCGCCAGCCAUCCCGAGAUUCAGCCACUUCUACUGUCAGCAUCCAGGGCUCUGGGAACCACUACCAUGCCUGUGUCCAAGAUGACUACACCGACGUGGACUUUGACCCCUCCAUUCUGCCCCCUCCAGACCCCUGGAUGGAUGGAGCCAUGGAGGAGGCAUAUGCGAGUGGGGUGUCAUGGUCCGUGUGUCCGCAGGACGGACGCUGGUUUCUGAAACUGCUGCAAGCAGAGGUGGAGAGGAUGGAGGGGUGGUGUAAACAGAUGGAGCAAGAUGAGAGAAAGAAUGAGCUCCCAGAAGACAUUCUCGGCAAGAUUCGUAGUGCGGUGGGUAGUGCGCAGUUGCUGAUGUCGCAGAAAUUUCAGCAGUUCCGGGAGCUCUGUGAAGAAAACUUGAAUCCCAAUGCCCACCCACGGCCCGUGUCUCAAGAUCUGGCAGGAUUCUGGGACAUGCUGCAGCUGUCCAUUGAGAACAUCAGCCUGAAGUUUGAUGAGCUACACCAGCUGAAAGCUAACAACUGGAAAGCACUGGAGCCUCCUGAGAGAAAGGAGAGGCGCGUGCCCCCUCCAGUACCCAGGAAGCCGGGGAAAGGUCCCGUGCUGCUAAUGAGAGACCGGUCUUUGGAGGGCUCCCAGCGGUUGGAGGCCCGUAAGCGGCUGUUAGCGGCUAAACGCGCUGCUGCCUCUCAGCGCCAGAGCUCUGCCACAGAAUGCGCCGACAGCAUCGAAAUAUACAUCCCAGAGGCCCAAACACGAUUAUAAACACUGAAAUCCAGGUGCUCAGAAGCCUAAAUAGACACACACACACACACACAUCUUCAACCAUAACACAAUAGCACUGAAUGACAAAGGCAGGGUAGCUGUAACAUAAUCACUCCUCUUUUCUUGUGUAAAGGAGAGUUUCUUCACUGUGGGCUUCUACUGUAUGUAUUUACGACUUAAUUUUACUCUCUUCCUCCGUCCUGCCAUUUGCGAUGUAGCUCCCUUGUUAAACUCCCAAAGACUUUUAAUAUUUCUAUUAGACACUCUAUAUUGUUAAAAUAACCAAUAAUAUAUAUAUACUCAUGCCUAAAAUACAACAUAUUAUUAUGUCUGUUGAUAUUACUACCCAAAUAAUGCACACUGCUGAAUCUUAUUAUGUAAUUUGUAGUUUUUUUGCAGUUACCGUGUAAGAGCCAUGUCUUGUGUUCUCAAAGAGGACAUAACUUCUAAAAGGGCAACAUACCGAUCACUUCUGAAGAUUUUAACGCCAAUGUAGCCACAAAUUCAGUGUAUGUAUGUAAAUGUGUGUGUCAGGCUUUUAGUGCAUGUAUUACACUCUCUCACAUGUCACCCUGCACCUCUGAGACAGGGCGAGGUUGUUCUGUUUUCAGUAUCAGGGGAUAGAAUGGAAAAACCACCUCUUCUCUUCUUUCUUUUCAUAUUUUUCAACCUCCCACUCGGUCAUCCUCUCCCGUCCUCUCAAACCAUCCUAUCUCCUUUCCUGUUUACUCACUAUCAUCUCCCCUCAGCAGAACCACUGGACAUAGAUGUCCAUCAUAUCUAUCAAGCGUGCCACUUUUAUCUGUCAGCGCUUAACAUGUUCACGUCAUUGACAGAAGCGCUGUCAGAACACGCCACUCUUCACGGCUCUGAUUCAUUAGCCAUUCAUAAAUUAGCAAUGUGUCACAUUAUGAAACGUUACAUACAGGCAGUCAGGAAUUUCAUUCAGCAUUAAGCCCUGUUCACACUGACAGCGAUAUAGUGAUGCAAAGUCUUUAUUUGUCAAAGAUUUCAGUGACAUGAACAAGGUGGUGCAAUGUGGCCAUAUCCAAUGAAUUGCUACAUUAUUUCUUUUGGUUGCGACUAAGUCAAAACAAUUCCAAUUAUGAAAUAAAUAUUCACAGUCUAUAAAGCCAAAAUUGUGACCCACAAUUGUGGCUUUGUGGAUUGUGAAUUUUUAUUUCAUAAUUGUGAUUGUUGUGACUUAACGUAGUAAUUAUAAUUUAGGUUAAUUGCGACUUUAUAUCGUUAUUAUAACUAUUUAUCACAAUUGCGUUUAACAUUCAAACAGUAUAUCACAAGAGAUUUUAUUUCUCAUAAUUAUGAUUUUACGUAAUGUAAUUGUGGUUUUAGAUGUUAAUUGUGAUAACAUAAUCGUGACUGUUUCUCGCAAUUGUGUUUUCAUGUGUCAUAGUCACACAAUGUAUUACAAUUGUGACCAUAUAUCACGAUAUAUUUUAUAGGCCUAUCUCUUAAUUGAGACUUUACUUCAUAUAAUUGCGGUGAUAAUAGUUGAAUUUUAGGUGAUAAUUGUGAUUUUAUAUCGUAAUUGUGACUUUAUUUUUCGCAAUUACGUUUUUAUAUCUUUUAUAUAAGUCGCAUUAUUAGAAUACCUCAGUUGUGAUUCUGUAUAUCACAAGAGAUUUUUUUCUCGUAAUUGUGACUUAAUGUUUUUCCAAUUUUAAGUGAUAAUUUUGAGUUUAUAUCGUAAUUGUGGUUUUAUUACUUUUACUCUCAUAAUAAAUAUAUCACAGUUGUGACCCUAUAUAUCAGGAGAGAUUUUAUUUCUCGUAACUGUGGCUGAACGUAAUUACAAACUUAUGUAAAAAAAAAAAAUCAACUUUAUUUCUGAAUUGCGGCUUUAUUUCUCACAUUGUGACUAUAUCUUUAUACCUCACAACUAUAUUUUAACUUUAUGGCUUAUUUAACUUUAAAUAAAAUUGCUGUCAAUGUGAACGGCCACAACAAGACAGGUCAUUUUCGAAUUCUAUGGCAUUAAAUAGCUCCGCCCACUGUGAAAUCUCAUUGGUUUAUUCUGCUCUUCAUAACUAAACAUUAAACAUCUGAUUGGCUGUGAUAAUGUCAGGUCACUCAGCAGUUUCUCCUUCAGUAUGGGCAAAUUAUCUUGGCAGUAAACGCAUCACAUCGUGUCCUGUUAGGACAUUUUGUUGAACUUGGCAUAAGAUUCUUUU